CUGCAGUUGUGGCUGUGCUACUCAAGGCCAUAACUGACGCUCAUCCCUGCAACAACCUACACGUAGCUACACAUGCAGACUACGUUCGCUGGAGAGUCAGAUUUUAUGUCAAAACUUGCUUGUGUUGUAUAACUGGUACUACUUUUGUGACCAAAUAGAAACCUCAUGUCGCAAUUUCCGCUAGUUGGUCUCGCACUCACAGCAAACCAUGCAACUGCAUCUGCGCGAUGGCCUGACGGAAGUUUCGAAAGUCUAGGUCGGGUGGAAGGAACGUACGAAUAUAUGGAGAUGAUGCAACGGCUCUCUUUGUCCUCUUCAGAACACAUAAGGUGAGCUGAUAAGCCCAUGUUCUUUCGCGACUAGAUACUGACUAUCUCUCUUGUAGUCCACCAUACGACAUUAUGGAAAGUCUGUGGGACGAAGUCCUGCGAAGAGUUUGGCGUGGCGUACGCAAAACACUCGGUCUCGCAGCGUCUGCCGAUCUAGCUGUGUUGGCCGGGAUGCUCAAAACAGCAGCACAGAUGGCGGAGAGUAAAGUCGGAUGCCCUAUAUCGGUAAUACUGAGCUUUCCCACAUUGCCUGCCUUGCGCCAGGAAGAUAUCGCUUCGGCCAUCGAGUACGCAGGAUUGCGCACACCGACGUGUUGCGGAAAGCAGUUACACGAGCUUGUUGCUGCAUAUGCUGGCUAUGAGAUGGGCCUCUCCGAGAACAAACCUGAACUUGGAAACCGCGGUAAGAAGAUGCACGAGCUCCCGAGACGCCACGUCGUCCUCGUGGAGUAUACCGAGGUUGCUAUUCUACUUUACUGCGCAGUGCUAGAAAAGGGAAACAAUACGCCCGACGUCGCAAGAGGGAUUCGGACAAGUUUUGAACUAGGCAGCAACAACGGAGCCUCGACAGAAGAGGUACAUGAUUUUGUCUUGGAGUACUUGCGUGACGUAAGUUCCAGUAACACACGUUGGGGUUUCCCCGAAAAAAUCAGUAUCAUGAUGACGGGAAGCCUAGAAAGUGUUGGUCGCGCAGGGAUUCGACAGGCAAUCGUGGGGGCCGUUGAAGCAUUUGGAUCGCGGGCCAACGUUUUGUAUUCUGAUCCGGAAUAUGUUGCAGCGAGGGGUGCGGCUGAGAUGGCAUGGCGAGCCACUCCGCAGAUGGAGAGCACCGAGGUGUGAAAAUCAAUUUCUAGCGACGGAUUCGAUCCUUUCGGUGUAAUGGCUAAGAGCCGAAUUGCGACUUCCUUUUUCAUCCUUGGAUAUGCAUAUCGUCUGUGCA